AUGUAUGCCUUCAUUCAAGCGAUGAUGGUCUUUCCAGAGGUCCAGAGAAAGGCUCAGGAUGAGAUUGAUCGUGUUGUGGGACCUAAUCGUUUACCAGACGUCGAUGAUUACACUAACCUUGACUAUAUCCGUUGCUGUGUGAAGGAAACUCUCCGGUGGAUGCCCACUGUCAUUAUGGGAGUGCCUCACAGUGUUACAAGGGAUGAUUACUAUAACGGCUGGAAGAUUCCAAAAGGAGCCACAAUCAUCAACAACGUUUGGGGCAUUCACAUGGAUCCUGAGAGAUCCCCAGAGCCGCGUCGAUUCAACCCAGAUAGAUUUCAAGGAGACGACACCACGCUCUACGAGUCCGCAAAUGGUGAGCCACUGAGACGCGAUAAUUUCAACUUUGGCGCAGGACGCCGUCUUUGUCAGGGUAUCCACAUUGCUGAACGAUCUCUCUUCCUGGGUAUGUCCAGGAUCCUGUGGGGUUUUAACCUCAACAAGGCCCUUGAUAAGGCUGGAAACCCUAUCACUCCCAACAUCGAUGAUUUAAUUGGUGGUAUAACGGUUCAUCCCAAGGCCUAUCCAAUCAAUAUUGUGCCGAGAAGUCCUGAAAGAACAGCAAUCAUCCGAAAGGCCGUCGAGGACGUUGAGGAAUUAAUCCAUCCAGAUUCUGGACAAUGGAAAAGGGUACCAGACGGCAUGGUGUUCGGAAUAUGGAAGCCCAACAACAAGGAGGAGUGACAUCACAGUCAGACGUGUCCAUGUUUGAUCCAAUAUUGACUUUUAUGAUUCAUUGGUCGUUAGAUCACGAUCACCAGCCCAUUCGUUACAGUGGUU